GAGUGAAAAAGGAUGUUUUUUUUUUCUCUAGGAGGAACUUUUUGGAUGUUGCCUGCAACUCCACAGUGCGUCUGAACGCAAGGGGUGGAUGCGCUUUGCAGUCACGAGCGAGGGAAAAGGAAAUCAUUGUGGACCCAUUCCGAUCCUCAUGAAUCUUAGCAGCAGGAAAAGCGCACUUCUUUUAGCGUGACAAUUCACACAUACUCUAUUGCCAGACUGAUGCAAGUGAGUGAGUGAGUGAGUGAGAGAGAUAGAAGCGCUCCAGAGAAGCUCACCUGGUUGUCCAUGCACGGAAUUACUUACUUUCCUCUACUUUCCCGCUCUUCAUUGCGUUUUUGACACCAUCAAAACACUGAGUUUGUUUAAAAAAAAAAAAUCGAAUCAUUCGAGGACUGGGAAAUCUGGAAAUGAAGAGAGACUUUACGAUUUUCUGUCGGAUUUGGAUUGGGAUCGCUUAUGCCUCAGGUCUGGUGAUUGGUUAUUCUAUGACUCCGCCCACUCUUGACAACCUCAAAGAAGAUCUUGUGAUUCAAGCCGGUGACACUCUAACCAUUACAUGCAGGGGCCAGCGCACACUGGACUGGGCCUGGCCUGAGGACACCCUCCAGAAGAUCCAGGCCAGCGAUCGGCACGACCAGAACCAGGAUACGGACCAGCUGCGGCCGACCGGCGGGCCCGGUCAGAGGGCUGUGCGGGUUGAGGAGUGCCCAGGCGAGGCGGGGAAGCCCUACUGCAAGACGCUGGUGCUCAGCAAUGCCCAGGGCAAUGACACAGGCCACUACCGCUGCUUCUACCAGGACAUCAGGGCCGUCAUCGACGGCACCACCGCCGCCAGCAUUUACGUGUUCGUCAGAGAUCUCCAACAGCCAUUUGUCAAAAGUCAGGUGGAGACUAUCCUCGUCACCGAAUCUUCUGCUGAUGUCAUCGUACCCUGUCUGGUAUCCAUCCCUGAGCUCAACGUCUCUCUGUACCAAAUAGAGCAAAGUCCGGUUCUCCUGGAGGACGGGGGGAUAAGAUGGAACAACAAACGAGGCUGGUCAGUGCCCAGACACAUCAUAGACAGCAUCGCAUAUUUAUUCGGCUUCUACUGCAUCGCCAAGGUCGAAGGUCAAGAAUUCCAGUCCUCAUACUACAUUGUACACUCUACAGGAAGCAAGGUUUACGAUCUCAAGCUGUUUCCUGAGGACCCAGUGGAGCUGAUGGUGGGGGAGGCGCUGGUCCUCAACUGCACAGCCAUGGUGGAGUUCAACGCAGGCGUGGACCUCCAGUGGCAGUACCCCCGGCAACAGGUCAAUCAGACGGUCAGCCCCCAGUACAGCCGCAACUCUCUGGCCCAGGCCACCGAGGCCACCAGUAUCUUCACCAUCCGGGACGUCAACGUGAGGGACACCGGCACCUACACCUGCACAGCCCAGAGCAUGGACGACCUGGUGACGAGGUCCACGGUGGUCAUCGUUCACGAAAAACCCUUCAUCAGCUUGGACUAUAAGCACGGGCCGGUAGUAGAAACAACAGCUGGCGAGAAAUCCUUCAAGCUGUCCGUCAAAGUAUCAGCGUACCCCAUGCCCGAGACCCAAUGGUUUAGAAACGCUAAAGCGAUAAGCAAGCGGCCAGAGUUUAAGCGGAUGAAGGUGCAUCACCAGGUGCUGGAGAUCAGGGACGUGUGUGAGCAGGAUGCGGGAAAUUACACCGUGGUGGUGAGGAACACAGCAGCCGCCCUGGAGAAGAGACUCAGCCUCACACUCAUCGUCAAUGUGCCUCCUCAGAUCCAUGAGAAGGAGGUAGCGGCGCCCACUAACCCUUACCCCCGCGGCAGCCGCCAGAUCCUCACCUGCACCGCGUACGCCGUUCCCCCGGCAACCAUCACCUGGCACUGGAGACCCUGGAGCCCCUGUGGUCUCAACAGCACCCGGCGCAGUCUUGGUCGCAGGGGAGCCAGGGAUAAAAUCCCCAAUUGCCAGAACUGGCAAAGGAUGGAGUCAGAGAACUCAGUCAACGCCAUUGAAAUGCCAAAGACUUGGACAGAGCUGGUGGACGGCAAAAAUAAGACAGUCAGCUCUGUGGUCAUCCAGAACGCCAACGUGUCCGUCAUGUACCAGUGCUCAGCCGAGAACAAGGCCGGCACGGACGAGAGACUCAUCUACUUCUACGUGACCACCAUCCCCGAGGGCUUCGGGAUCGAGCUGGAGCCCCGUGAGGAGCCGCUUGAGCAGGAGCUGGUGCGCCUCAAGUGCAGCGCCGACAACUACACCUACGAGGAGCUGCGGUGGUACCGGCUGGACCCGCACGUGGUGACGCCCGAGCUGGACUGCCGCAGCCUCCACCGCUACGGCGUGGCGCUGGGCGGGGACCUGUUCUUCGAGGCUGCCACCAACAACUGGGUGCUGGAGCUGACCAUGCCCAGCGUGCAGCCCAGCGACAGGGGCAACUACGUGUGCGAGGUGCGCAGCCGACGCACGGGGGAGAAGCACUGCGACCGCAAAUACGUGCCCGUGAAAGCUCUGGAGGCCCCUCAUUACAGGCACAAUCCCACCAAUCAGACGGUGAACGCCAGCGAGUCCCUGCAGAUGGAGUGUGAUGUGGAGGGCACCCCAGCCCCCCAGCUCUCCUGGUUCAAGAACAACCAGCCGCUCCACCACACCUCAGGGAUCCUGCUUCAGGACUCCAACCGGACUCUUAGCAUCCAGCGCGUUCGGGAGGAGGACGCCGGUGUGUACACAUGCAAAGCCUGCAACCAGAAGGGCUGUGUGCACGCCUCGGCAACCGUCACCGUCAUCGCACCCCCUAGGGAGAUGGUGGAGGUGGUGAUCCUGAUCGGGACCGGGGUCAUCGCCAUCUUCUUCUGGGCCCUCCUCAUCCUCAUCUUCUGCAAUGUCAAGCGGGUUAAUCCUGCCGAUAUUAAGACGGGCUACCUGUCAAUCAUCAUGGACCCUGGAGAGAUGCCCCUGGAAGACCAGUGUGAAUACCUCCCCUACGAUUCCAGCCAAUGGGAGAUCGGACGAGACCGCCUACGCCUCGGGAAAGUGCUGGGUCACGGAGCGUUCGGUAAGGUGAUGGAGGCGACCAUCUCCAGUAAUGAGAAGAAGGGCAGCCUGGACACCGUGGCGGUGAAGAUGCUGAAAGAUGGAGCCACUGCGAGUGAACAUAAAGCGCUUAUGUCAGAACUGAAGAUCCUCAUUCACAUCGGGAACCAUCUGAAUGUAGUAAACCUCUUAGGAGCCUGCACCAAAGCUAACGGGCCCCUGAUGGUUGUGGUGGAGUACUGUAAAUAUGGAAACCUCUCCAACUUCCUGCGGGCCAAGAGAGAAUUCUUCCUCCCAUAUCGGGACCGCUCGCCAAAAACGCAGAGUCAGGUGCGGAAGAUGAUCGCGGCCGGACAGGCGGAGCAACAGCAGACAGGCCGUCGGACCCCCCACUAUCACCAGUCCGGCGGGAAGGCGGGCCGCAAAAGUCCGCAGGAGUCCGUGGAGAAAAUGGAUGAUCUGUGGAAGACGCCACUGACAGUUGAGGACCUCAUCUGUUACAGUUUCCAAGUGGCACGAGGGAUGGAGUUUCUGGAUUCUCGGAAGUGCAUCCACAGGGACUUGGCUGCCCGGAAUAUUCUGCUGUCCGAGGAGAACGUGGUGAAGAUUUGCGACUUCGGCCUGGCACGAGAUAUCUACAAGGACCCAGACUACGUUCGAAAAGGCAACGCCAGACUGCCCCUGAAGUGGAUGGCCCCUGAGAGCAUCUUUGACAAGUUGUACACCACCCAGAGUGACGUCUGGUCCUUCGGAGUUCUGCUCUGGGAGAUCUUCUCUUUAGGUGCGUCUCCAUAUCCAGGUGUCCAGAUUGAUGAAGACUUCUGUAAACGCUUGAAGGACGGUACCAGGAUGAGAGCCCCAGACAAUGCCUCCCCUGAAAUAUAUGGGAUAAUGCUGGCCUGCUGGCAGGGAGAGCCCAGAGAGAGACCGAACUUCCCAGCACUGGUGGAGAUACUGGGAGACCUUCUGCAGGACAACAGCCUUCCUGACGGGAAGGACUACAUUCCCCUCAACGUGUCCCAGAGCUCGGAGGACGACGGUUUCUCCCAGGCAUCCUCCAGGCCUCCGUCAGAGGAGGAGCUGAGGCUGAACAUGCUCCCCAACAGGUAUUACAACUGCGUCCCGUUUGGCGGCUGCGUGCUCGUGGGACCGUCUAAGAUCUGCCACUCUCGAGUGAAGACCUUCGAGGAGGUGCCGAUAGAGAUGACCUCCCACAAAGCACAUCAUGACAGCAGCCAGACAGACAGUGGGAUGGUUCUGGCAUCAGAGGAGUUUGAGAGGAUCGAGCACAAAUACAGAGGAGGCAUCUCAAGGAACCCUCUGACUGGCAGUAGUACGGAGCGUCUGAUCAAUGCGUCAGCUCAGGGAGGCCGGCCGCCGUUCCUCUCACAGCUCUCGGGCCAGACGUUCUACAACAAUGAGUACGGACAGCUGUCUGAAGAGGGCAUUGGCCUCGACUUCUUCUCCGUCCCCGACGACCUGGUCACCGAGGGAAGUUGUCCCGCCUCCUCCAACCUGUAACACUGCAGCCCGAUAGGCUGAUGACAGGUGACAGGCAACAGUCAUCACUGAAUCCACACCCCUACCCCCUCCCUCCCAACCCCUUAAAACAGAAAAGGGAAGAAAAAAAACAUCACAAACCUUACCCUCCAAUACCAUUAUCCACAAACCAUAUCCAUUAACCAUUCUCUCAUUUGGACUGCUAUUCUGCAGUGUCUUACCACUCCUGCCUUAACCCCCUCCCUAGCCACCUCCACACACAUACAUACACACACACACACACACACACACUCCUACAAAUUCUCACACACUGAACUGAACUGGUCGUUGUGUGCCAAGUUCUCUUUGCAGCCACUGGGUGGCGCCCUUAUGUGAAAAUCAAGCGAGGAAGAAAGAGUAGAAAAAAAAGUAUUUUAUAUCAUCUAGCUGCAUUUAGCCUUUUCUAAAGAGUAUACUUCUGUUGUGUAUUUGUAAAAAAAAAAUAUUAAAAACUGAAAACAAACAAAUAGUCCUGAAUGGGAGAAAAUAAAGCAACAUAUCUUCUU